GACGCCACCGCAACUGGACUUCUUCUUAUCCUCUCUCUCUCUCCUCAACCCUUCUCUCAAUCACCCUCAAUCGUUUUCCCUUCUCUUUCUCCGAGAUUUUCUCGAGAAACUCUUAACGGAAAUAUCAAGAACUACACAGCUUCUUGCUCUCUGAGUAGAAGUGUGCUUCCACCCCGGAAAAAAGAAAAGGAAAAAAAGAAAAGCUUCAUUCACACGACCCACCACCAUUUAUUAUUCCAAUCCCUUUUUUCCCACUGUUUUCCUUUCUCUUUCCCGUCAAAACCUGCAACUUUCCAAGAAAAUUUCACUUUUUUCUCACACUACCGACCAAGCUCUCACUCAGUCUCUCUCUCAGAGUGAUUCACGCCUUGUGGUGUGCUUUCCGUACUCUUAUCUCUUGGUUUCGCACUUUUUUUUUUCUUCUUUCUCUUCUUUCCUGUUUCGUCGAAAUUUCUACUCCAAUAUCUUUCAAAUUAGUGCUGGGUUUAUCUCCAUUUGGAAGCUCUCUCUCUCUCUCUCUCUAACUAAACGUCUCUAUCUCCUUCUCCUCCAGUCAGAUCCCAAAGGAAUCUCACCUUCUUUUUCAUUGUGACACUAUUUCACGCUCUCACUCUCUAUACCUUUCGUUUUCAAUGCGAAUCUGAGCAAUCUGUAGAUAUAUGGACCGAACUAUGCUGUGUCCAGUGAAGUAUAGUGAACACACACACCGCACCACCAUGGCCACCACAUCGCCUCCGGCAACUCUAUCCGGCCAAAUGAGACCGAAAAUUGUACGGAUAUCGGUAACCGACGCCGACGCAACCGACUCUUCCAGCGACGAAGAAGACGGACUCUUCAGACGUAACAGAGUCAAGAGGUUCGUCAACGAAGUCACCAUCAAGUCUUGUUCACGGGACACAAACAGUAACGGUGAUUGUAAAACCAGACGGUUGUCUGCGGCGGGGUCGACCACCAAUCGCCGCCGUAAAAAGUCUGCCGGUAAAUUACAGCAUACGGCGGCGAGGUUUACGGGGAGGAAGUUUCGCGGCGUGAGGCAACGGCCCUGGGGAAAAUGGGCGGCGGAGAUCAGAGAUCCGCUUAGACGUGUACGGGUAUGGUUGGGUACCUACGAUACGGCUGAAGAAGCCGCUAUGGUUUACGACAACGCGGCUAUUCAGCUGCGUGGACCCGACGCGCUCACUAAUUUCGCUACGCCGCCCAAAACAGCUCCGACUGUGCCGCCGGGGAUCAAAACGGCGUCGUUGUGUUCGGGUUAUAAUUCCGGCGAAGAGUCUCACACCAACAACAAUCUCCUCUCUCCGACGUCUGUUCUGCGUUUCCAGUCGGAGGCUCCGAACGACGAAGCCGAGUCAAACCACGUCGUCGUCGGCGGCGGCGGAGAAAGCCGAGAUUUAAAAGAUGGUGACAUAUCGGUAUCGGCGAGAUUUGCGGAUUUCUCGCCGUUGGAUAAGUUCUUUCCGGACGACAUGUUUGGAUUGCAAGACCCGGUUUCGGACUUGUUUGUGGAUUCGGGUCUAAAAGAGAACAUUUUUGGAGAAGAUUUUGGGGACUUGAUUGUCGGGUUAGGUGAUGAUUUCGGGUUCGGGCAAUCGAUAGGGCCAAUUGACGAUUAUUUUCAAUUCCAAGACAUUGGCGAUAUAUUUGGAUCUGAUACUCUCGUUGCUCUUUGAGAUUCUCGGGGUUUGACUCGGCAAAUUUUGCAUCGGCGGGAAUGAAGUUUUUGUUUUUUAUAACUAUUAUUAUUAUUUUAAAUUAGAGUUUUUUUUGGGGUGAGUUAAUUUGUAAGUUUUUUUAGUAAGUGUGAAAUUAUAAACGACACCGUCGUAUCAACGGUGACGGACGAGGCAUUGAGAGUUGCAUGUACUGUAUUAAAAGGCAAGGCACGUACUGAGUGAAUGGAUUCGGUACCCUUAAUUUGCGCUGUCUCAAAUUUUAUUUAUUUAGUUAGAAUUAAUUUGAGAAUUUAGUUAUUUUA